AGAGCGCCGUGGAAGUCGCGCAGCCGGCGUCGCGCCAAUCUUCGCUCGUAGGUGCUGUCUCACCGGUGAGACCUGGAAGCCGGCGAGUCUCGCGCUUUGUCGGACCUGCAGCCUCUGGCCUCCCACCACCAUGGAGUACCUAAUCGGUAUCCAAGGCCCCGACUAUGUCCUUGUCGCCUCCGACCGGGUGGCCGCCAGCAAUAUUGUCCAGAUGAAGGACGAUCAUGACAAGAUGUUUAAGAUGAGUGAAAAGAUAUUACUGCUGUGUGUGGGAGAGGCUGGAGACACUGUACAGUUUGCAGAAUAUAUUCAGAAAAACGUGCAACUUUAUAAGAUGCGAAAUGGAUAUGAAUUGUCUCCCACAGCAGCAGCUAACUUCACACGUCGCAACCUGGCUGACUGUCUUCGGAGUCGGACCCCAUAUCAUGUGAACCUCCUCCUGGCUGGCUAUGAUGAGCAUGAAGGGCCAGCGCUCUAUUACAUGGACUACCUUGCAGCCUUGGCCAAGGCCCCUUUUGCAGCCCAUGGCUAUGGUGCCUUCCUGACUCUCAGUAUCCUAGACCGAUACUACACACCAACUAUCUCACGUGAGAGGGCAGUGGAGCUUCUUAGGAAAUGUCUGGAGGAGCUCCAGAAACGCUUCAUCCUGAAUCUGCCAACCUUCAGUGUUCGAAUCAUUGACAAAAAUGGCAUCCAUGACCUGGACAACAUUUCCUUCCCCAAACAGGGCUCCUAACAUCAUGCUCUCCCUCCCAUUUGCCAGGGAACUUUUUUUGAUGGGCUCCUUUAUUUUUUUCUACUCUUUUCAGGUGCACUCUUGAUAAAUGGUUAAUUCAGAAUAAAGAUGACUAUGGAUAUAAUUGA